UUUUUUUUUUCCUUCACUUUUUAAUCAUGCUUUACGUUAUCGGUCUCGGUCUUGGUGACGAAAAAGACAUUACUGUUGCUGGUCUUGAAGCUGUCAAAAGCUCUGAACGUAUUUACUUAGAAGCUUAUACUUCAAUCUUGACAGUAGGCAAAGAAAAACUCGAGGAAUACUAUGAAAAGCCUGUCGUGAUUGCUGAUCGUGAAAUGGUCGAGUCAGACAGUGACACGAUCCUUGCUAAUGCCGAUACAGUCAAUGUCUCCUUUUUGGUUGUGGGCGAUCCUUAUGGUGCCACCACCCACACUGAUCUGGUCAUUCGUGCCCGUGAACUUGGUAUUCCUGUCAAAGUGAUUCAUAAUGCUUCCAUCAUGAAUGCUAUUGGUGCUUGUGGUCUUCAACUCUAUAAUUUUGGACAGACAAUUUCGAUUGUGUUCUUUACAGAUACAUGGCGUCCUGAUAGUUUCUAUGACCGUAUUAAAGAAAACCAUCAAUUUGGUCUUCAUACCUUGUGUUUAUUAGAUAUCAAAGUCAAGGAACAAAGUAUCGAAAACAUGGAAAGAGGACGUUUGAUUUAUGAACCUCCUCGCUACAUGACUGUGAAUCAAGCUGUCGAACAACUAUUAGAGAUCGAAGAAAAGCGUGGUGAAGGCAUUUGCAAACCAGAUGCCUUGGCUAUUGGUUGUGCUCGUAUUGGUACUAGCACACAAAAGAUUAUUGCAGGCACUUUGGAGGAAUUAGUUGAUGCUGAUUUUGGUGGACCUCUUCAUUCACUUGUGUUGAUUGGUUCUCGUAUGCAUGAAAUGGAAGCAGAAUUCGUGAAAGAAUACGCAUUGAAUCCUGAAUCAUUUCAAGCUAUUGUUAAGAGAGAUUAUGUGAAAUAAAGCAUCUGACUUGGCGAGCUGAAUAACUGUUUGAGUGCAGAUCCUAAGCAAAGAUGUAUCCCUUUAACUCAGCGAGGUGAAUAAAUAAAUAAAUAAAAUUCUGCAUAAAUAAUGCAAUUUUUUUUU